CGGGGCGGGGCGGGGUGGCCCAGCGAUGGAGAGCAGACCUGGUCAGUCGCCUGGGCCACCUUCACACUGCCGCCCCACUGCCCCGGAGCGGGAGCUCAGCCAGAACUGGCCCCAGACUGGACACCAUCCCACACGCACACCUGACAGGUGCCUGCACCCUGGCGCCUCCCUAAGGGUCCCUGUGCUGAGACCCUGGGCCACCAGGCUGGCCCUACGUUUGCUGUCAUCAGACUCUGAGGACACCUGUGGCCACCUCAUUAUGCUCUCUGCGACCACCACCUCUGUGGCACCCAGGCCCCUCUCCCUGCCCAGCAACAGCAGCCAGGAACAGCCCCUAGAUGCCCGGGACCCACUGCUUGCGCGGGCCGAGCUGGCCCUGCUCUCCACCGUCUUUGUGGCUGUGGCUGUGGGCAAUGGCCUGGUUCUGGGGGCCCUGGUGAGGCAAGGCCGGCACGGACGCUGGGCACCCAUGCACGUCUUCAUCGGCCACUUGUGCCUGGCUGACCUGGUGGUGGCUCUGUUUCAAGUGCUGCCCCAGCUGGCCUGGGAUGCCACCGACCGCUUCCACGGGCCUGACGCCCUGUGCCGGGCCGUCAAGUACCUGCAGAUGGUGGGCAUGUACGCCUCCUCCUACAUGAUCCUGGCCAUGACGCUGGACCGGCACCGUGCCAUCUGCCGCCCCAUGCUGGCCUACCGCCACGGGGGCGGGGCUCGCUGGAACCGGCCAGUGCUGGUGGCCUGGGCCUUCUCGUUGCUUCUUAGCCUGCCACAGCUCUUCAUCUUUGCCCGGCGUGACGUGGGGGAUGGCAGUGGGGUCUUCGACUGCUGGGCACGCUUUGCAGAGCCCUGGGGACUCCGUGCCUAUGUCACCUGGAUCACACUGAUGGUGUUUGUGGCGCCAGCCCUGGGCAUCGCCGCCUGCCAAGUUCUCAUCUUCCGAGAGAUGCAUGCCAGCCUGGUGCCUGCUCCGUCCAAGAGGGGGUGCCGCAGAGGGCGCCAGCCAGGCAGUGCCAGAGAAGGCGCACGCGUGUCAGCGGCCAUGGCCAAGACCGUGAGGAUGACGCUGGUGAUCGUCAUCGUCUACGUGCUGUGCUGGGCGCCCUUCUUCCUCGUGCAGCUGUGGGCAGCAUGGGACCCCCAGGCGCCUAGGGAAAGACCCCCCUUCGUGCUGCUCAUGCUACUUGCAAGCCUCAACAGCUGCACCAACCCCUGGAUCUACGCGUCCUUCAGCAGCAGCGUGUCAUCGGAGCUGCGCGGCCUGCUCUGCUGCGUGAGGGGCCGCACCCCAUCCGGCCUGGGGCCCCAGGAUGAGUCCUGCACCACUGCCAGCUCUUACCUGGCCAGGGAAGCUUUCUCCUGAGGGCCAGGGGCUGCUGUACUCCCGGGCUCCCAAAGCUCAGCCGCCUGCCUGGGGCUGGCCCCCGAGCCCUGCUGCUGCCGCACAGGAUGGCCCUGGCUGCGCCCCCUUUGGCCUCACUGUCCCCAAGCGCACAAGGAGGCCAUGGGGCUCCAAGACUGUGAGGGGCUGCUUAGGUAAGCCCCUUUGUGCAGGGUGUGGGGACAGACAGUCCCAGGCCACAAGUGACAAGGGCAAACGCUCCCAGGUGACAUGGAGGUUCGAAGGAGCCAGAUGGGGAAGACCUCUCUGCCUGGACCUCCUUAGGCCCUUCCGUUUCUCUGCCCCUCAUUAAAAUUCCAGUUCGUUUUCCA